AAUAGAAGAAGACUAGCUUUCGACUUCAAAUCUGAAUUCCAUUCGAAUAAAAUCUCAAGCUGCAAUGGACGCCCAUUCCUUUGAAAUUGGCGAAAAGAAUGACGGCGAUGUUAUAUUACGGAUAAUUUGCGCCAACGGUGUUGAAUUUAAGGGUAAUCCUCUUUAUUUACAUUCUCAUGUUUUGGGCAGCAAAUCCAAUUUUUUUCAGGCGAGGCUCUCUGAGCAGUGGUCUUUACAUAUGUGGUCACUUAUGUCUCCUCUUGAAAUAAAGAUAACUGUCAUUCCCAAUGGUCUUGCUGAGAAUUAUAUAAAGUGUAUUCGCUUCAUAUAUUUAUCUUACAAGGGAAAAAGCAAUCACUUUUUUGGCGUAGAUGAAGCCCUAGAUAUAUUUCCGAUUGCUUCCCAAUUACUCUUUGAAGAAGGUAUUCAGGCUUGCGUGCAUUACCUGGAAGCAGUUCCAUGGACUCGGCAACAAUCAGUCAAGAUCAACUCUCUGCAAUCAAAUUUGCAAGUAAGUAUUUCUGCCGAUUUAUCUGCAAGACUUGAAAUUUCCAACUCCCUUACUGCAGAAAAGAUAGAGCUCUUCAAGAAGAAAUUGCCACAGAUGUUAUCUGAUAUAGGGAAAAAUCAAAUACCCAUUUCUAUGUCUCGGCUUAUUAUGGAGAAACAGCUGAGUGAAAUUUUCCAAGGCAAUGCGUGUCCCGCUGUGGAAGAAGUAUGUAGAGACGCAAUUAUAAAUGAAUUUAGUCUCAAAAUUGAUCGUGUUAAAAAUGUUCCUGUGGCUAGUAGACAUUACUAAGCUUUGCAAUAGUGAAAUAUUUGGAACUGCAUUCAAAAUGUUUGUGGAAGACUUACAAUUGGCUGACAUAUUGCUUCACAAAGGUGAACUUCUCGGUUGCCACCCACGUUUUUCCGAAUCAUUCUGAAAUUAUCUGCUACAAAUUUUAGUGGACAGAUUUUUGAAGGCUUUGGUAAAUGCUGAUAUAAUUGUUCCAGAGUCUCUUCGAAUUUCUUAUCUGAGAAUAUGGGUACCAGUUAUGGCAUGUCAUAUUUGUAACAGGGUUAGUUCCUCUUACAAUUGCUAUGAUGGCUCUCAAAGAUUUGUUGAGGGUGUUACUAAAGUGGUAGGGACCCUUCCUCCUGGUGAGCAGAAAACACUAUUUAUGUUUUGGACAAACUCUUUACAGGGAUUUGGAUACAGAGAGCAGAUAUAUUGUCAGUGGUGUAUUGAUGCAAUAUGAUUAGCAGGCUCGGGACUCAGUGAUGGGCAAUGAAGACUUAAACAUGACUUUAAGUUUGUAUUUAACUUUUGUUUUGUUUCUGCUAUGCACUGCCAGCGAUUAUCAAAUCUGAGUUGCAAUCUUAGUUGCAAUCUUAGAGAUUUAUUUGUUUCUUAAAUUUAGGGAUUUGUAUCAGAACUUAGUCUCUGCCCCUUUCUGAGAAUUUUAAUUUCUCUACAUGAUAUCGAAACUUUUCUCCAGCAUUUUAAAUU